AUGACAAACACAAGGAGGUUGUUCGGAGGCAUCAAAACGCAAGUGAACAAGUUUCCCUUCAUGGUUAGCAUCCACAUCAUGGGAGAGUUUGCCUGCGCCGGCUCCAUCAUCCACAGGGACUUGGUCAUCACUGCUGCGUCUUGUUUACAGAUCGUUUACCAAAAUGAUUACUUAAAAAAUAACCUCAAGGCAAUCUACGUGAGACUAAGCAGCGAUUACACGAACCAUGAUGGUGAAACUAUACCAGUACAAAACCUCUAUGUGCACCCUGCAUACAACCCAGAAACCCUGUCUCAUAAUGUAGCAAUAAUCAGCUUGGAAAAACGGCACCGGUACUCAAAGCAACAGAAGAGAAUCAGGCGCAUACUAUUUGAUAAAACUCCAGGAAAUAUUACAAACAUCACUCAAGGAAUUUUAACUCUUGGAUGGGGUGCUACUAAGAAGGGUCAAGAGGUACCGAAAAGUCCUGAGCUUACUAUGGAUUUAUUGGACUUGCUACCUAUUGGCGACUGCGCUCGAAAAUAUUCAGUAGAUUUAAUAUCCAAAGAUAACUUCUGUGUUGGCGUCAACAACUCAAGCCGAGGAGCAUGUCAUGGAGACCUUGGAGGACCAGGGAUCGUCGGCGCGGUAUUAGUGGGAAUAGUCAGUUUCGGGGACUCAGAAUGUGGGGCAAAUAAUUCUCUAACAGUUUUCACCAAGCUCGGCUACUAUACCACUUGGAUUGAAAAUAUUCUGAGUAUGCAUAAGAAAAGUACUAAAAGCAAUGAACAUCAUAACGAUACGCGAAGAAAAUCAAAUAAUUUUGGAUUCAUCCACUUGAAUAUCACACCAGCGCAAAAGCAAGAAAUACGAAAACAUGCCGAAGACUACCCAGAUGAGGGCAACGUGCUAAGGAAUAUAUUGGGAGACUUAGUAAAGGCUGAUAAUACAGCUGUAGAUGAAGUAAUCUACGGUGACGCUUAUGAAGAUUUUACCAAAGUUAUCACAACUGUCACCGUACCCGAGAAAAUUAAAGCGAUUACUACAAAACAUAAAAUCCACAAAGAUAAAAUAAAACCCCUCAUAGCUAGAACUGCAACUCCAGUUAAAACUACUUCUACAGUUACGACUCCUACUUCAAUUGCGACUACUCCAGUCACAUCCAUGUUAUUACAAGGGGUUGACUCCUUCCUGAAAAGUAUAAUUCCUACCGACACUUUUAAAAUGAUACUUAAAAGUCCGAACACUUCAGACCAUGAAUCAGAAAAUGAAGCUAAUGCCAAUGAUUAUACAGACAACUACGAACAAUCUGGUGACGAAUAUCAUGGUUUAAGUAUUGAAAUUCCUAGUACUCGAAUAAUCCGACCAAAGAGACCAAAAAAUCUUCAAACUACAAAAAAAAUAAAAACGAACACAUCAAGUAAAGUUACCAAAAAAUUAAUUCUUAGGAACCAAGGAAAUCCAAUGGGAGCCGACCAACCUGAACCGGAAGAAGAACCAGAAUCUGAACUGGAACCUGAACCGGAAUCUGAACUGGAACACGAAACAGGGGAAACAUUGAAAGUUGACUUUGGACGUGCAGGAUUACUCCGAAUCGAUUUAGACGAAAUGGCUUCCAAUUUAAAAGAUGCAGAUAACAUAGAUUCAGAUAAAAUCGAUUCUGAUAUAGAAAUGGAUAAAAAAGUUUCGAAUAGCUUGGAAACAGAUUCUAAUAUGAUGGAAUCAAAUAAUGUUUAUUUGGAUGAAACAGAAACUAGCUUGGAAGUUAUUGAAACGACACAAUCACCACAAAUUCUAGGAACUAGUAUACACUAUGACAUAGAUCAAGGUGCAAACCAGAAUUAUGUUGGAAAUAAGAGAAUCAUCAUGAGAAACCAAGGUACGAGUGAAAAACUGACACAAUCUGAGCAGGACAGCAGUAGAUCAUUGGCAACCAGACCGUUCUUUCUUGAGCUGGAUACAGACAGUUCAGACUCUAAACAAAAUAAAGAUGAGACUGUAACAGAAAGUACUACAGAAAACAUUCGAGUAAGUUUCGGUCUCAGUGAAAAACCAAAAGAAGAUGGAAAGAAAAGUUUUCUAACUAAUUUUAUUCUAUCGCUAUAA